AUGCACCCAACUGGGAACAUGGAUGUUGGUUUUUCUCGUUCUGCUGCUCAGACAUUGUCAAGAAGCCACUGCAAAAACAUCAAACAAAAAAUUUCUCAGUGGGAAGGAAGAACUAAUGGUGUGCCUAAUCCAGAUAAGUGGCAUCCAAAGGACUUCGGAGUGAGAUAUAAUAACUGUAGUCAAGAGAUCCUUCUUAAGAAAAAUCCUGUUGCUGAGGGGAAGGGCAAAAAGUUGGAUGUAACCAACUGUCCACAUGUUGAUCUAGGUAUUAAUGAAGAUGCCAAAAGCCAUGAUCAAAGUGAGGAUGAAAGUGAGAAACGUGAGCCUGAUGAUGCACAGUCCUUUAAAAACGAAUCAGAAUCCAAUAUGGGAUGUUCUCGGGUCAAACAAAUUGAAAGCUUGAAAGAAGUUUUGGAUCCAGAGACUUCAUUACCUCCAGGAAAUUUCUAUACCUCACAAAUAUUAUGGAAGAAAAUAGAAGCACUUCCCCCAGAUAAAGUCUUAAAUUUGGCUUUAGAACAUUGUGACUCUUCAGAAAAAGAACUGAACUUCAGAAUUGUGGAUAGUUCAUAUGGAAUAACGAAGAGCCUAGAAAAUAUUUACUCUGAACCUGAAGGACAAGAAUGUGGACCUUCUAUAAAUCCUUUGCCAAAACCUCGUAGGACAUUCAGAUAUUUAUCUGAAUCUGGUGUUACACCAUGUAAAGAAACAAACUGUGACAGAAAAUACUGUGAAAAUAAUUCCUGUGCAGAGUCCUCUUUGGCCUCUUCUCAGGACCCAGAACUAAAGAAAUAUGGUGGAAAAAUCAGAGGGAGAUCUAAAAGGAAAUCCUUUGAAUAUGAGGAUAUUCAGCACUUUCGAAAUCGGAACACACAGAAGGUUCACAAAGAACUUGGAAGAAAUUCCAGCUCAGCACUUUAUUACACACAGUCUGAGGACAAUAUUUAUGAGGAUAUCUUAUAUCCCACCAAAGAAAAUACGUAUGAAGAUAUUCCAGUACAGCCUUUGCCCAUGUGGAGAUCCCCUUCAGCAUGGAAGCUACCACCCCCUAAAAGUACUUUCAAAACACCCAAGCUUCCUCCCAAACCUCAGUUUUUUCAACGGAAGACUAUGGAACUGAAGAGCUCACAAGCUUAUUUAUGGUCAAAGCUCACAAAGGAUACUACUUUGCCCGUCACUUUAACUGAAUGGAAGCUUUUCCGAGCUGGAGAAGUUGCAAACAGGAAAAGGAAAAAUCUUCCAAGACUUGUAUUGAAAAUAGAUGAUAUAUUUGAAUCUAAGAGAGGGAAGAAGAGGGUAAAGUUACACCCUUACACUGGAAAAGAUGUACCUCCCUCAAAAGGUGAAACCAGUGGGUAUGAAAGUGAUGCCGAGUAUCUGCCAAAGAAUCGCCACAAGCGCAUAGCACAACUGCAGCAGUCGUCCAGGAGGAAUCCUCACUACCAGACCUUGGAGCGGGAUCUGAUUGAAUUACAGGAGCAGCAGCUGUUCGAACUUUUUGUGGUGGUGUCUCUACAGAAGAAACCAUCAGAAAUCAGCUACACUCCCCAGGUCAUACAGCAGUUCCCUGGCAAGGGUGAUCAUGGCUUUAAACAAUCCAGAGACACUGAAGAGAGGCUCAAAGUUAUUCCAAAAUUUUGUUUUCCUGAUUCAAAGGACUGGAUGCCAACCUCAGAACUCAAGAGUGAAACGUUCUCCUUUGUCUUAACUGGAGAAGAUGGGAGCCGGUGGUUUGGUUACUGUAAGAAGCUCUUGCCAGAAGGCAAAGGAAAGCGACUCCCUGAGGUAUACUGCAUGGUUAGUCGCCUAGGCUGCUUCAACCUUUUUUCAAAGAUUCUGGAUGAAGUAGAGAAGAGAAGAGAAAUGUCUCCAGCCUUGGUUUACCCGUUCAUGCGAAGUGUCAUGGAAGCUCCUUUUCCAGCUCCUGGACGCACCAUCACAGUGAAAAGCUACCUCCCUGGGGCUGGAGAUGAGUCCAUUGAACUCUGCCGACCACUGGAUUCACGAUUGGAACAUGUUGAUUUUGAUUGUCUCUUUAAGUGCCUGAGCGUGUGCCAUCUCAUCCGGGUCUGUGCCUCUCUCCUUUUGGAGCGGAGGGUCAUCUUUGUUGCCAAUAGCCUAAGCACCCUGUCAAAAUGUGGCCAUGCUGUGGUUGCCACACUGUAUCCAUUCACCUGGCAGCAUACCUACAUCCCAGUCCUGCCAGCAUCUAUGAUCGACAUUGUGUGCUCACCUACUCCGUUCCUUAUUGGAAUCCUGUCUUGCUCCUUACCGCAGCUCUGGGACCUACCCAUUGAAGAGGUGCUGAUAGUCGAUCUCUGUGCAGACAAGUUUUUACAGGAGGUAUCUGAUGAGGAUGAAAUUCUACCACCUAAACUUCAAGCUGCCUUGAUGCAGAUUUUGGAAGAACGAGAUGAAAUCUUGGCUCAGGAGCAGAAUUGUUCACGAGUAGAUGUGACACUCAACUCUCUGGUGUCCGAAGCAUUUGUCAGGUUUUUUGUGGAGCUGGUAGGACAUUAUUCUUUGAGCAUGACUGUCACUGAGCGUGGGGAGCGUGUAUUCCAAAGGGAGCCAUUCCGUAAAUCCCACACCUCCCGUAGUGUGCGGCACUUCCUGGACCUCUUCAUGGAAACUCAGAUGUUUGCAGGGUUCGUCCAGGACCGAGAGCUUCGAAAAAGUGGAGUGAAAGGUUUGUUUGAGGUCCGGGCCCUCCAGUAUUUGGAAACAAUUCCUGAGCCUGAGCCCAGUGGGGUGAACAGAAUUUUGCGGAGCCUUGGAAGUAAGAUGAAAUUUCUACAGAAGAAAUGAAAUAUUUGAUCGACUGCCUUCAUCUCAAAAAGAAGAAAAAGUGCCAAAGAAACUUUUUCCAAGAGUCAGGAUGCCCUCAAGUAUUCCACAAAAUCUUGAAAGUUGAAAGGUUACAGAGUGGGUCAGGUUCUUGGAGGAGGAUUCUCCUGUUGCUGCUGUAGUAAUCACUGGAGAAUUGUUGGGAGUAGUCUGGAACCAAUGCUCUCUUUACUCUGCUUCCAGAUUCUUUUUUAAGCGGCCUUUUCUUUUUGAUUCUUGGGCUCAUUCUUUGUGUUUUGUGCUUAGUUUAUGAAGGCACUGAUCUUUUACAAGAGAAAGACUUAGUAUUGCAUUUAAAAAAAUACAGCUCAAAGAUGAGCACAGUGAGAAAAGUGCUGCGUUUAAGGUACUAGGGAGGCAUGAAAGAAGUAGGAAACACUAUCCCUUCACACAAAAUUCUCAUCACUGAAAUACCACGGCAGCUUUAAACCUAUGGACUGUUCAAACUGAGCUAAGGAAUAUACUCAUCAUAUAGCUUUGUUUUUGUUUUUGUUUUUGUUUUUUUGGGUCUAGUGUUCUGUCUAGGGGAAUCUCACUUCUGUGGAAGCCCUACUGAUUAGCACUGUUAUUGAGUAACUUAUAAAAGUAGACAGAUUGCAGCUCCUCCACAUUGUGUGGCACUGGGUAACUUGUCCCUCACAUGUCAACAUUAAACUUUGUGGAAUAGCUAAUAGGAAAAUGUCCUUUAAGGGCAUGAGAACUACCUUCUUUUUUAGUGUCCACUAUGUGCCAUGAAUGGUACAUAUGUUUAUGUCAUCUUACUCAGUCUUUAAAUCAAGUUUAUGAGAUAUUUGCUUCUCCAUUUUACUAAUGAGGAAAAUGGAAUUCAAAGAGGUUAAAUAACUUGCCCAACUGAAGGCAGGACUGUUAGUUCAUGAACACAGAGAAAGUUGGUUAUUCCUAUAGAUAGCAGUUUGAACUCUGUAGGAUUAUAGCUAUUGAAAACUUUUUUUUAAAGUUUUAAGUGUACGAGAGCCGACCUUCAGUUGAGGAUAAGGGACUUCAAACUAUAGGUGUCUAGGUGAGACUUUUUUUGGUUCCCUUAGAAAUGUUGGACUUUUUGCUGUAAUUAAGUUGAACUCAGAAUAUGGACAUUUCCUGGGCACACACCACACAAUCACCACAACCCUUCAUAUCUAAAGUAGUAGUAGUGAUUAAAAAGAGGUAUUUGUCAGCAGUGGUGUAAUUUUCAUUGAUAAAUGUUAUAGCAAGUGUCAGUUUUUCUACUCCUGCUGAUGGUUUUAACUGGCAUUAAAAAAAUUUAUUCAAACUUAAAGCUUUGUAAGUUGUAUUAUGAUACAACUUAUUAACUUAUGCAGUAUUGUCAUCACAGCUCAUUCAGGUGUGCAUGAAUGAAUCUGAACCAUCUAAGAUGGGUGUGGUAUAAUGUAAUUUCUAUAGAUGGGGUCCAGAAAGUAGAACUGAGCCUAUGUGUUUAAAAAAAGAAAAAUGUUUAUUAAGCAGCCUCCCCAAGUGGGGCUCUUACCAGAUAUCUCCCCAUUUGGUUUCUUCUGACACUCCAACCCUGACGGAAUAAUUAGUAACUGGGAAGUCGAGUGUUUAUAAAAUGGGGGUAGAAGGUGUUAUUUUGGUGGAUCCCCAGCAUUCCUUUGUCAAGAGACCUUUGCUUCAGCGGUGGGGGCCUUAUUUUAUCCCUACAAUCUGAAGCUGCUUCCUUAAGUCUGUUUUAUUUUGUUUUUAAAGUGAAGUAUUACAAAAUCUGGACAUGUUUGUAAAAUAAUUGCUCAAGAUUUGUAUAAAAUGUUGUUCACAGAUCUUUUCAUGAAUAAACACAAAAAAUUCCAUGGAGCUCUUGGAGAAGUUAAAUAAAAUUGCUUAAGAUGUAAA